GAAAGUUCAAGUAAUACUGGCUAUUGUAUUAGUAAGCUCUAAAAUUAUUUCUGAAUAAUAGUGACAAAUUCAAAAUGGUCCAAUGUUCUAAUCGUUCGAGUGUUAAGUGUAUUUCAUUUAAGUUAUCUCGUGUUCGAUUUGUCAGCAAACCAGAGACACAAUACCAAGAAUUAAUUGUUACUGGUAGUUGGUUGGAAGAGGUGAAUCGUGUUUGUUUAUGGCAGUAUAGCAGUGAUCCUUCUGUUAAUAAUCAUAAUGAAACAGUUAAACCAAUAUCAGAGAAGGAAGAUUGUACUACUGCUGGUGUGCUCGGUGAUACUGUUGAUGAUCCACGUUUGUUAUGCUCUCUUGUUCAUCCGGGCUCUGUUCAAGAUUUGAAGGUUCAUCAUCCAAGUAAAAUGAUUUUUUCUGCCAGUUCUAAUGGUACUCUACAAUUGUUUCAAGUUUGUCAUGUUCAACCUUGUCUAGUUCGACUAUCUGCAACUAAUUGGAUGCCUUUUGGAGAGCAUAUUUUAUGUGGUAAUAUUCCAUCAGCUCUGUCUAGCUUAGCAAUUAGUACUGAUGGUCUACAUGCAUAUGUAAGCAAUGAACUUGGUCAAUUAGCUAUUGUUCAAGUAAACCGUAUUCCUAAUUUUCAGAAAACUGAUCAUAUCAAAUUUAAUAAUGAUGCAAUAUUAACAUCAGGAGCAGAUAUAUCUACAAUAAAUGCACUUGAACGUGUAGAUAAUUCUACCUUGGCUAGUGUCAAUCAAUUAGGUCAAUUGAAACUAUGGGAUUUACGUACCGGCUUGAAUAAACCACAACGUAGACUGUUACGUCCUGGAGAAACCCAACCUUUAUUAUGCUUGGGUCAACAUCCUGGACAACCUCAUCUUUUAUCUGUAGGUGGUGUUAAUUCCUCUAGUGCAGCUGCUUAUAUAUGGGAUUUACGAGCUGAACAAUAUCCAUUAACUGAAGUAGCCUGUGAUGGUCAAUAUAUAUGGGAAACUGCUUUUCAUCCACGUCAACCGAAACAUUUAUAUAUGGCUACGGAAACAGCUGGUUUAUUACAAAUUAGUAGUCGUGAUGAAUCAGAUUCAUGGGUUGGAUUCAAAGGUUCACGUCGUAAGUUAACUGUAUCAUCUGCUCUACCCGAAGACACAUCGGCUAGAAAUGUUAUUUCUUUUGACAUUUCCAAUAAUCUUCUAGUUUGUGGCCAUUCAGAUGCUGUUUUACAAACUGUUCCUUGUAGUGUGUAUUUGUAUUAAAUGUGGAAUAUUAUUAUUAUCAUUAAAAUGAGUAUUUUAUCA